ACGAUGAACCUGUGGCUCUUGGCCUAUCUGGUGGCCUGCUUCGUGGGCACCUGGGCCCCUGCUGUCCAAGCACAAGGCGUCUUCGAAGACUGCUGUCUGGCUUACAACCGCCACAUUAAGCUGCAGGUGCUGCAGCACGCCCGGAGUUACUCCUGCCAGGACGUGAGCAGGAGCUGUAACCUGUCUGCCGUGAUAUUCCACUUCCCUCACAAAAAGUUGAAUGUGUGUGGAAACCCACAGGCCAAGUGGGUACAAGAUGGGAUGAGGCUUCUGGAUGCUCGGAACAAGGACCUUCUAAGGCAUCGCCAAAGCAUGCACAAAGCCUUCCGAAGCUGUCACUCUAGGGGGAAGUUGAGCUCUAAAACCUCCAGGCUUCUACUGUCCCAGCCUAGAGGUCACACCAGAAGCAGCAAGAAUGCCUUGCUCCCAGCACCAGCUAAUCCAGGGUCGUGA